GUGAGACGUCAACCACCAAGUGAAGAAAACAAGAUGUGGUUUACAGUACAUUCACUUCUGUAUUUCCUCUUCACCCUGUGCCUUAUUGCAGAUUAUCUCAACUUCAUAGCACAACCUGAUGAGAGUCACUCACCAAAAAGAGAUCCAGAAUAUCCGAACAAGGUCUUCUACAACACAAAAACAAAAGAUGGCAAACAGCAGCCUAGAAUACUGCAACAGUACCCUGAAAUUCCAGCAUACUCUAUAUGCAGUCACCUACACCAUCAUAUUCAUACCUGGCCUACUUGCGAAUAGCAUUGCUCUUUGGCUUCUAAGAGCCUUGAUCAACAAGAAGAACAAAGCCAUCAUAUUCAUGAUCAAUUUGGCGAUGGCCGACCUCUCACAUGUCCUCUCAUUACCCCUACGGAUUUAUUACUAUGUAAAUCACACUUGGCCUUUUGGAAACUUUCUAUGCUUGCUGUGCUUUUACCUUAAGUAUCUCAAUAUGUAUGCAAGCAUUGUGUUUCUUACUCUGAUAAGUUUUCAACGUUACGUCUUCACCACAAAUCCUUUCAAAGCCAAAGAAUGGAAACGGAGGUAUGACGUUGCGAUCUGCAUAGGUGUAUGGCUAGUCGUGGGGGCUGCUUGUCUGCCUUUUCCAAUAUACAGAAGCUCUGGAUUGAGCAACACAAGUACCAGUUGUUUUGCUGAUCUUGGAGUGAAAAAGAUGAACACUAUGACCGUUAUCAUCAUGCUCAUAGGGGCAGAGUUUUCUGGUUUCUUGAUCCCCCUCAUAAUUAUUACAUAUUGCACCCUAAAAACAAGAUUUCAGUUAAAAAAUUACUCAGUGAGGUGUGACAAUCUGAAGGAAAAACACAAGGCUUUACGGAUGGUGGUAACCUGCGCUUCUGUGUUUUUUGUCUGCUUCACUCCUUAUCACAUCAUUUUUUUAUUUUAUGUAAUGGUGAGUUCGAAUAUAAUCCACAGUUGUCCAGUGCAUAAAGUUAUUAUGGACCUCCACCCCUUCUCCAUGUGCUUAGCGAGUAUCAAUUGCUGCUUGAACCCUAUCCUGUAUUAUUUUACCGCAUCAGAGUUCCAAAAUGAACUGGCCAAACAUAGUUCCUCAGUUGUACGCUUUCGUCUCAUGAGCAAAGAAAGCGUUUCUUCCAUUAGGUGAUCAAUUAGUUGGAUUUGUUGGAUCUAAACUUAUUUAUUUUAAAAAUAUAUAUAUAUGAACCUGCAAUACCCUAGAUAGAGUAUCUGCAAAUGGUCUGGUUUGUAAUGCUACUGUAAAAUUUUUCUAUGUCAUACACUGUUAUACCAGCUGAUGGCGUAUGGGUGGCACUGGGACUGGAGCUAACCACUCCAUUCCCCACCCCUCUGGAUAGGAGUGGGCUGGUUCAACUUCCUGUUAAGAGGGAGAGCUAGCUGGGCUAGUGAGGAGACUGGGAUCACAUCCAUCAGUUUCUGCCAUCUGGCUUUACAGACCCUGCUGCAAGAUGGGGAGAACGAGUUAAAACACCCAUCACUGCAGUUCAGGAAAGGCAAACGCAAAAGCCUACAUUACAUAUUGGACACCUAGAGCCACAGGUGCCUGUUUAUUGCAGCAGUGAAGGCAAAUCAGAAGAGAGAGUUUUUGUCAGAUGUCAUACUUCUGAGUGCCAUCAAUUGUCAUCUAAUCAGCCACCAUACCUCAACAUCUGGUGACAGAAACUGCACCUUGGACCUACUAUUACAGGAUGUACCGCAAGUUAUCUUUUGCACUCAGUAAAGAAAGACGUUUGAUGUCCUCCUAUGUCUGCCUGAUUUCUUCACACUUCCUUUUCACUGCACCAAACCCAGGGAGAGAAAACACCAUGACACUAUAUCUCAUCAGGGCCACUACCACUCCCACCUUUUUCCCCAGCUCCUCAGGGGCUUGCUGCACACCUAUGACAAAAUGUUGUUUAAAGGGAGUCUGUUACCUCCACAAUAAUACCUCCAUGUUAGGAAGGUAGCCCAACAUAACCAUACCUUUUUUGGGAAAAUCCAGUCCUCUAAGUGGAAGUGAUGAUGCAGGGGAAACAAGGUGCACCAAAUGAAGCAGCCCCACCCACAGUGCACCAAAAACCUUAUCUGCAUAAAAAUGAAUUUGAGCAUUUCUUAGGAUUAGAGCUCUCUGCCACUGACUUUUUUUGAAAGUAUUUGGGAUCCAUACACCGCAAGAGCAAAGCCGAGCUUAGCCAAUGAAAGCUGAGGGGACAGGGUGCUGUGAGCAGUGCUGCUUCCCCUUUGUUGUUUUACUAAAGGUUUCGUUACCCUUUAAAAGUCCCUAGACAGCACCUUGUUAAGUGGUGUGAAGGCUUAUUAACAGGAUAGGGGUCCCUCAGUUGCUGUUUUUCCUCUAUUAAUGAUAGCCAGGAGUCACAGCAGAUGAUGGCAGGUAACAUUCCAGCUAGUCAAAGGAACUCUCAGCAGAUAGGUUCUAGUUGUGUCAGGUUGAUCUACAAACCAAGAUGGGGUUUUGCACACUGAAGUCAUAGUGUGAUGACGUAGAGAGGGUGACGCCCUCCUCCUGCCACGCUCCCCCGUGCCUCCAGCCCCUUGUGUGUCUGGCGUCUGAUGCGCUCCCGGGCUCUGGUUGGAUUUCAAGAUGGGGUUUUGCAAACCAGAUACAUCCUUUAAUUAUAUGUGCUGCAUAUCUAUUUUUGCUAAAGUAAAUCUUUUGAAUUGCUACCUGUGUGUGAGUUUAAGAGAACUAAAAUUAUUUUGUCUGUAACAUAGUUUUUCUGUAAUCAUUGUAAAACUAAUUUCUACAAAAUCACCUGUCAUAAAUUUCUUUCAGAUGAUAUUUAGAUUUAAAGGCUAUGUACACCUUUGGGGGCAAUUUUUAUUAUUAUUAAAUUGUACUCAUUUUGCGCUAAAAAUCAUUUUUCAUUUGGUUUUAAUUAACAAUAUGGAAUCAGAUUUUUGUCCCUAUAGGGCCCUCAGGAGAUUGUAACAAAAAUCCAACCACGGUCAUCUGACCAAAAACUCCUUUUAGGGGUCCUAUCUAUAUGUUAAAACUUAAAGGAUAACUGUCACACUUAGACCCUAAUUUUAAUUUUCAUAUAUGUAGUUACUAAUAACAUGAUAUUCCAGAACCAGUUACUAUUAGAUUGACUUACCCCAUAUUUAAUAAGA